AUAAGGCACAAGAUAACGGUAUGGCCUUGGGGACGUAAUAAAGGCUCUUGCGCAACCGGCAUGCUUAGCGGCAGAUGUCAUGAGAAAUUGACUGUUUUGCAUUUUCAUGCAGUACGAUUUUUAGGUCGGUCUUUUAAAUUAUGGUCGCAAAGCAUGCCGGUCGCACAAGAGCCUUUGAGACUCCGUUUACGCUGUGCCGGAUAAAUUUUAUCCGCAUCAAAAUUAGUUCAGAUAGGCGUCGCGUUUACACUAGACCCACGCUAUCCGCACGAAUUUGAGAGCGGCUAUCCGAACAAAAUUAGUUCACCUAGAAAAGUGGAUUAAAUUAGUUCGGAUAGCUAUGUGGUACAGUGUAAACGCUUUUAUCCGGAUAAAUUUUAUCCACAUCGUAUCCUGCUCGAAAGCGAUUGGCUAUUUCAUCCAAUUUAGAUUUCACUGUCUCCAAAUCAAGACCUUUCGCCAUCUUAGCUGCCUUGUUAUCGAUAAAUACUCGUGUUAAAAGUGCAAUAUCUUGCCAGUCCACGUAAAAUUGGCAUCCUUGUCAGCCUUCCCUACUUUCGUUGCUAGUUCAGUGUCAUUUUAUUUCAAGAACAAACCAUUAAAACAAACUAGGCCUAAUUUGUAUUGACAAUAUCUUUGGAUUUGGUCUAAAAGGGAAGCAGAUGAUUCUGAAGAGAGAAUGAAGUCUUUUUACGUCUGCGGGAAUUUUGUUAUUAUUUUGUUGCCCAGAGAAGACUUCAUUUUGGGCGUUCUGUGCAUGAUUUAGGUCGUGACUGCAGUUAUCCGGCACAGUGUAAACGGGAGGGCAAAGUGGAUAAAAUUUGUGCGGCACAGUGUAAACGCAAAUCAAUCCGAACAAGUUUUAUGCGGAUAAAUUUUAUCCGGCACAGUGUAAACGGGGUCUAAGAAAGGAUUCCAAUUCCCAGUCAAGUUUUCAAGCGUGACGUCACAGAACAUAUUUUUUCAGACCACAUUUCCUGAAGCAACACCAUGAAAUAUAUUCAAAUAUGGAAAACAAGCAAAAUAUGUACAAAAUUGGCGAGUUAUGAUGAAUAAAAGACUGGAAAUUUGCUAACGGAUUACUGUUACCUUGGCCUGGCUCACAAAUUAUGAACAGAGACCAAAUUACAGACAUUUGACAGGGAAGGAACCUGUGCAUUUAUGACCAUAUCUCGGCCAAUUUCGAACCAAUUUAACUGAUUCUGCAUAACAAUAGACAUUUUUUGAUGCUCUUUCUGAAAAUGUUAUCAAAAAAUUUUCUUCAAAUAUAUUUUGCGACAUUGUCAUUUUUAUCAAGAUGCACAAAUUGAGGCUGUUGAACCGUUUAUUCAAUAUUAACCUGGGUUGCCUUGGUCUCUACGCAUUACAUUUUAAGGUCUCAUCCCCAGGUGUCUUGGCAUUUGAAAAAGCUGUAUUUUAUCCGUUGUAGCUUACUCCUUUGUAAUUUUAUUUGAUUCAAGCACAAUUUUCCAUUUAAUAUUUCAUGACCAGUCUACAAUCUAUAACAAGAUGUCAAUAGACUCUUACGCAAACCAAACUGAUCUUGAGCUUAGCGAGCAACUCAACUCCACUGAAUCUCGCUGAGGACUCCUUUGUCUACCAGGCAAUUUCUUUGCAUUAUGAAGUUUCAUGACUUUUUCGGGGCGGCAAACAAGAUAAGGUUUCAAAUGAGUGAGGUAACCCUCCGUCCUGGAGUGAAAUAACAUGCGUGAUAUUACUAAAGUGACGUGAAAAAUUUAUGUUGAGAGAAUGAAAGCCUCUUUGUUCUAGAACAUAGUUCUAGAUACUCUCUGUCAGUUUUAGUUACCUCUUUGAACCGCCAUAAAAGGGUUUGAGCCAAGGCACAAAGACCUUCACCAUUCUAAUAGAGGGCGGAUAUGGAAGGCUGCUGCCGCUAGCACCACAUCUGCUGCGGGUGUUAGCCGACUUCGAGAUUCUUCGUGGACCAGUUUGGUACCAGCAAUAUCAAAAUGAUUUUGAAUGACUCUUUUGGCAAUGAAAUCGUUAAAUUCAGACGCUACUGGUGUCCUAACAGACUGUCGGAACAAACUUGACAGAACAUCGAAGCAAGGCAACUACUUGUCAGCUUGCAAAACUGACGGCAUUUCUGCAAAUCAUUUGCUGGCCUGAAACUCAAAGUAGAUGUUAACUGCAAAAAGAGUAUAGAUGAGGAAUGCUAUCUACAAUAUAAGACGACAAAUACAAAAUGGCCUUUGAUAUUGAAAUAGACAAAGACCUUUGCAAGCAUUUCAUCCGGCUGUUUAUUUUGAGAGGCCUAUCUGUUUUCGGCUACUACCUUAUGUUUAUGGACGCUUUUACUUCGGCGUUCAUGGUCUAUCCUGAUCAUUUCAAGAAAUAUAAAGCUGGUGCAUUUGGAAAUGUAACGAAGAAGACAAAUAGCAAAGACCUGUAUUGUGACUUUAACAAGAAAUGGAGCACAAAGGACCUUGAGCUCCUGUUCGGGACACACAAGUUCAACUUGAUGAUGCUAAUGGGUUUCAUGGGUGCAGUUGCUGUAUUCUUCCUAAUAAAAAAUGUCGUUUUUAUUCGUUUGAUUUUGUUUCCGAUAGCCCCAAUGGUGGAUAAAAAGGGGAACACAGUGAUAAGCAAAUGGGUGAAGUUAAAGGAUCUGUGCUACCGGGCAUCAACCCUGCUUGGGGACUUACCAGCAAUUGCUAUAGCAGUUGCUAUAUAUGGACAAUUAAGGGGCAAAACAGGUAUUGGAUGCUGGGAGUGCCAAAUAACAGAGACUUGCAAAAACAAGGCAGCUUUUGACAAACUUCUAAACCCUAGUCAGCUGGCGAUUACCAUUUUGUACCCCUCUGUUGUAUUUCUCACUUUCUACAAAGGAUUUUACACUUAUUACGUCUGGAGUAAUCCGAUGGAGUGCGAAUGUUACUGUAAAUGUCUGCGAUGCUGUACUGGGGUGUUCUUUGCCAGCAUAUUUACAAUGCUGAUGAUGACCCCAGGUUGGAUGGUGUUGAACUAUGGUUAUUACACAAAACCAGGAAUCGUAAAGGACGCUGUAUCUUCACUGACCGAGAAAAUGAUGCUGAUGGGCGUUAUAAUUUGGGCAGUUCUCAUUCUCAUGCUCAUUUGCAUACCAGUGAAAAACAUGCUUUUGGCGGAAAAGAAAGAGAAGAAGUGAGCCUGCGCAUUACUCGAAUUAGUGGCUGCCUGGCAACAUGAAUAUAGGAUAAUCACGGAGUAUCGAAUAUAGGAGUAUCGAAUAAAUUCCUUCGACUCUGCUAGAACAAAGACGCUUUGACAUCGCGACUAGGAAGCGGUUUUGAGGAUACAAACAUUGAAGCUUUAAAAUUUUGAAGGAAGUUGUCGGUUAAGAGGUUUUUGGGGGCCCAUCUACCUCGGGGACUUUAUGGAGCCGAGUUUACGCUUAAGCAGCACCUUUAAACAAUUGGUUACACAGUAUUUAGAAACACAGCUCACAGCAGAGAGAAGUUAUGUAUGGAAACAGUUUUGUUGUCUACUUGUAGUUUUCACAACCCUUUCAAAACUUUUUUAUCUAUGGACUUCUGCACCAUAUUUUUUCAAAAGCAAGUUUUAUUGACAACACGGAAAUGUCACCAGCAUAGUUAGCGUACAUUACAGUACAGUACAAGAAAAAAUCUAACAAUUCCAUCUACAGAAAUCACUGAAAAGAAA